CUGGACAACAACAAUGGCUACCGCAUCAAGUACAACUGCUCACGCAUCGGCGCCUCGUGCCCCUACACCAAGAACGACCCGCACUUCCGAGGGGCGCACGGCACUCGCUUUGAGUUCAACGGCCUCCCAGAUAAGACAUUCUGCCUUCUGACCGACCGCCAUGUGCACCUGAACAUGCGCAUGCACGGGUACUUGGACGAUCGCACCAUCGGUGCGUCGAUUAUCCGCGGCGGCAAGGCCGUGCGCACGUGGAUCCGCGAGCUGGGCCUCAUGUGGCGCGAGGAGGGCGCUGUCGCUGGUGACGUGGACCGUGAGCACAGACUGCGGAUGGUGGCACGACGCGGGACCCAGCAGGAACGCGGAGAGGGGUUCGUGGAGCGGCUGGAGGUUGAUGGCGUCCUAAUUGGUCGCAUGCGCCAGGGCGAAACACUCAAGCUGGCAGGACUCGAAUUGACAUUCGUGGGUGUGCAGAUGCGAGGGCCAAUGGAAGUUGACGCGUAUCAUGUUAGCAUCCCGGACCUCAUCGAGCUGGACGUGAAGCUCCGAGUGGCGCAUCCCCUGCUGCAGACUGCAGAUGACGCAGAGGCUCAUAUCAACCUGGCUUUCCAGCAUGUUGAGGCGACGAAGGACAUUCAUGGCGUCAUGGGACAGACCUAUCGCCCGGGGAGAGAGCAACGGGCCAUGGAUUACACUGCUUUGUCUGCCCUGCUGCACCGCCCCGUGGCGGUGGACUCUGAACAGGGUGCAGGUUUCUUAGAUGGCUCUAUGCGUGAUUACGAAUCAACCGACGUGUAUGCACCAGACUGUAGGUACUCGGCCUUUCUAUCUGGGCGCAUCUCUGGUGGAGCAAGCUGGGACUCGCAAAAGCCUGACGCCAUUUUUAAUUACCAUCCUCUCUUUAUGAUCGUGGGCUUUGUAGUUGUGUUCGGCGAAGGCAUCCUUGCGUACCGCCUGCUUCCUCUGUCAAGGCCGGCCAGAAAGGUUGCCCACUUGGUCAUUAACGGGGUUGCGCUGCUGCUAGCACUGGUGGGAGUGUGGGCAGUGUUCAAGUUCCACAGCCUCAAGUCCAUUCCUGACCUUUACAGCCUCCACUCUUGGUGUGGCAUGGGGGUUCUCGUCCUCUUUGCGCUUCAGUGGUUGUCUGGCUUCUACGCGUUCUUCUAUCCAACCACAUCUCUUGCUGCUCGUCAAUCCUUCAUGCCAUGGCACACCUUCCUUGGUGUCUUUAUUUUUUGCUUCGCACUCGCCACUGCGUCGCAAGGGGUCCUUGAAAAAAUGACGUUUCGCUUCGUUGGGGGCCUCGACAAAAGGGGCCCAGAGGCUAUUGUUGCAAACCUGCUUGGCCUCAUGAUUUUCGCCUUCGGUGCUAUUGUCAUCUGGACGGCCACAGUGGUCGACAAGGCAAGAGUUGAGGAGUACCGAGUUCUUCAUCCCUACCCCUCCGCGUUGCCCGCUGUAGCCCUUUUAUAUCACCUUCCGCCACCCGCGGACUCUCACCCGCCUCCGUGCCUGGGCGCCCCGCUCUCUCAACCACCCUGCGUGGACUCGCCUGUGGGAACCGGAAUUGGCGCUGCUGGCAUGGCGUGCAGUGGCGCGCGCAUGGGUGGGGAGGUGUGGGUGGUGGAGGUGGCAUCUGCGCGCGACGCGGAGAGGGAGGGCGAGAGGGAGAAGGCGAGGGAGGGCGAGAGGGAGAGGGAGGGGUGCAAGGACGCGCUGCUGAUGGCCAUCGCGGACGCGCGCCUGCACUCCCACCCCGUCGCGCUGCUGCUCGUGCACGUCAUGACGCACGUGCGCUCCCAUGGUGGGGAGGAGGUAGAUGUGCAAGAGGCGGAUGUGGCAGCAACGAGGGACAGCGUACAGCGCCUGCAGCAGCACGUGCUCAAGCCCCUCGUGCUCUUCGCCACACACAAGGAGGUGGCGGCAACGGGCCAUGUGGAGUGUGACAGCAGGCGGGAAAGAGGUCUCUGCACUGCUGUUCGCCGCACUUCCGCCACUCGCCUCUACCUCUCUCUCAAAAACCACUGCCCGAACUGUUUCCCUCCAUUUCAUUCGCUCCCAACACAAGCCUUCAUCUCCACCAUUUCCCCCCACCUACCUCUUUCACACGCAUCUCCUCCCACGGCCACCCCACCUAUGGAGUGCAGGAAAGCACAUGCGCGGGGGCUGCCAUCAUCAUAUCUGGUGGACUACUGCGAGGCCGUGCUGCCGCCCACCACCACCAUCACGCUCGUGCUCGCCUCACACAAGGUCAAGCGCCUGCCAGGCCGCUGCUCCCUGCUCGACCCCCUCUCUGCUGAUGCCGCCUCUCUCGCCAUUCCGUCGCCACCGCCGAGCAGUGGCGGCAGUGGCGAGGGCAGCGGGGCGGCAAGGGAGGCGGGCAGCAGGAGAGCAAGCGCAGUGCAGCAGGUGGCAGCGCCUGGCAGGGCCUCGGGUGGCGGGCAGGUGAAGGGCGCGGCGGGCAAGGCAGGCAGCAAGAGCCGGUCGCCGCUUAGGAGAGUGGUGUCGCUGGGCGUGGCGGAGAACGCGAAGCUGGGGCGGAGGGGGAAGGGAGCAGAACAAGGGGGCAGAGAGGGGGGAGGAGGCGAUGGGAUUCCGGCUCUGAAGCACACGUGGGAGACACAGAACGGUGCGGCUUGGGAGCAGAGCGGUGGCGCUGGCAGGGAGCCGUCUUUCCACCUGGACCCGCGUGUGCACGCCUCAGCAGCAGCAGCAGCAGCAGCAGCAGCAGCGCCCUCCCCCAGCACGUCCUCCCCUGCUGCGUCGCCCCUAGCCCCAUCAGGGUCCGCCAUGAGCUCGUUCCUGAACAAGGCGUGGAAGGAGGGCUUCCUCUGGCGCCUGCAGCAAUCCAACGCCCACACCCCUGCACCGCUCUCCAUCGCUUCGAACCACAGUGACAGCGAAGCGGACAGCGAUGGCGAGGGGGCGGCUGUGGUGGCCACGCCUGUCACCUCCGCCAACGCCCGCUCGCUCUUCUCCCCCUCCCCACGCCCCUCCCUCCAACCCCUUGCGCAAUCCCCCCGCGCUGCCUCUCAUAGUGCUGCUGCUGAUGCGCACAGCCCUCGCGCUGCUGGGGACGCCCAGCCACGCCGUGGUGCCAGCAAGGGGCAGGCGGACAGGGUGAGGCGCGCUCUUGCAGGCGCGGAGAGGGGCAGCGGUGAGGGGGAGGGGGAGGCGCCUCCUGGGAUGAGAAAGAGCCACUCGGAGAGCAGGGACCCGGGCAGUGGCGCGAGCGAGGGCGAGGGCAGUGGGGGCGAGGGGAGGGAGGUGAACAGCGAUGGUAAUGAGGGGCAUGGGCGGCGGCACCGGCGCAGGGUGGUUGGUGGGCGCGGGCUCGCUGCCUCUAGGUUCCGCCCUCAGGGCCGAGAGGCGGGCGAGGAGGGGGGUUGGGACGAGCGGCACAGGGAGGGUAGGGCGGAUGGGGAUGGGGGGUUGGGCAAGGGAAGGACAGUGCAGGAGGAGGGGGGGUACAUGAGUGCGGGAGGGGGGAGGGAGGGGCGGCAAGGAGGGGAUGAGUACAUGGACAGCGAGCGUGACAGGUGGCAUGGUGAUGGGUGUGACGGGGUGGCGGACAUGGGGGAGGAGUGGGGCCAGCAGGACGGAGGGCGUGGGGGAGGGCGAAGGGAAUUGCGCAAGGCGAAAGGAGAGAGGGAGAGAGGCGAAAAGAAAGAGGCAAGGAAGGUGGGUGAGGGAAGGAUGUGGAGGCAUGGGAGCGUGGCGGCACAGGAAGGGGCGAGAGAUGCUAUGAGGGCGGUGAAUGCAGCAGUGGUGCCGCCUGGUGGUGAGCUGCCGUCGCCCACUGGGCAUGACUCCCCAAGGUGGCUGCUGCACGAGGCAGAGAGGCCGAGAGGGCGGGCACACGAGGACGAGCAGCAAGGCAGGGGCUCGCAUUGGGAGGCGGAGCAAGGUGAGGGGUCGGAGGAACGGAGCAGUGUGGCUGCUGCGGGCGAGACUGGCAGCAGCAGCAGCAGUGGUGUUAGCUGGCUGCGGCGCCGGCAGCAGCUGCGGCAGAAGCAAAGGAACAAGCAGAUGGAGAGAGCAGCGUGGCAGGAGUCAGGGCAGGUGUUGCGGCAUGGGGAGGAGGAAGCGGAGGCACAGGGGAGUAGUGGGGAGCAGGAGGGUCGGGGCAGUGAGGCGGAGGAAGGCGAGGGGCGGCUGGAGAAGGUGCGAGUGAUGCAGCGGCGGUUGGAGCAGGACAGGGCGUGGUCGCAGGUGCGGCACACAGUGCAGAGCGCAGCAGAGAGUGGUGUGCCCGCUCCCUUCCGAUUAGAGGUGCGUGCUUGCGCGCUCUUCCUGCUCUUGGUUCUCAAGUCCCUCCCCUCCAACGUGCACACAUCCCUUUACAUGCAGAUUGGAAGGUCCCUCUCUCCCUCCUCCACCUUUGCCAGACGCACUGCCUCACCAACUCCUCACCACCUCGCGCACGCGCACCACUUGCCAUCGUCUCCCUCUCAUUCUCACACCGAUGCUGCCUCCUCUCCUCCCACGAGUACCUCUCCCACCGCUGCUGUUGCUGCUGCCAGCAGCACUGUGCUCGCUGGCACAGUGGACGCCAGUGUCUCCACCACCAGCACCAUGGCUGGCAGCGACCGGACAUCGAGGCACAAGGCAGGGCGUGCUGUCAGCAGCAGUAGUAGUCACGGGGGCAGCACAGCGACAACAAGCCCACGGGGCCUCGCUGCGCCUUCUGCUACACCCUCUGCGCCCCCGCUUGCUUCUGCUAGUGCUGCUGCCACCGCUGCUGCCACCAGCACGACUGCUCGGCCAUCCGCUGGCGUGUCCUCUCCACGUGCGUCUGCAGUGGGGACAGCAGGCAAGGGGCGCAGCAGCAGGGCGGGCAGUGGCAGCGCCAGUGGGCGCAGCAGCAACAGGAGUGCACGCGGCAGCAGCGGCAGCCUGAGUGGGUUGCUGUCACUUCCCCGCACGUCCACGGCUGACAGCUCUGUGCUCACCGCUGCCACCUUCAUCAGCAGCAGCACCAGCGGCAGACUCUCCCUCGAUGCACAUGUGGUAUCCGCCCCUCCUCCUCUCGCUCCCUCUCCCGCUGCACACACUGCUGCGCCCGUCGUGGUACCUGCAUCCCCGGCUGCUACUGUCCAUGAAGAGGAUGCCUCUGUUGUCACUGCUGCCAACUCCCCUCCCUCCGCAGCUGCUGCCUUGCCGUCCCAUCGCAGCAUGGGCAAGGAGAAGAAGCGCGGCAUCAAGUUACCGCGCUCCAAAACCCCUGCCACUGCUGUGGCUGCGGUCACUGAUAUUCCUGCGACAGCCCUCACUGCUGCUGCUGGCGCGGGCAGUACUGAUAGCCUGGACAAUAGCACUGGCAAGCAGGACAUGGCAGGUAGCUUCCGGGCAGGGGAGAACGGAAGGGACAAAAUUUACAUCUCGAGGGCAACAUCAGGGGCAGGCGGAUUAGGGAGAAGGAGAGGCAGUGGCAGUGGGCGGGGCAGCAGGAACGGCAGUGGGAGCAUGGUGGAGUUCCCAGAGGCGUGUGACUUGCUGGCAGAGCAGGCAGGGGCGCUGGUGGAGUGGGAGGAGGGCGCGCAGAGAGACGGGUCCACAGGCGCGGUGUGCAUGCCGUCGCCCCUGCGCCACCCUGCGGUGCUGAAGCGCAACAACAGCAGCGGCAACAUCUUUGCCCGCAUGUGGCGCAGCGACAGCACGGGCAACACCACCCAGGGCACAGUGGAGAGCGGCGAGCAGGGCGGGCAGGCAGGGCAUGACCGUGGUGGGUAUGUGGAUGGGUCAGGCAGCGACGAGGGGGGUGUGGAGGGCGUUGAUGGGGGAGAAAGGGGAGAAAGGGGAGAAGGGGGAGAAGGGUGUGUGGAACAAGAGAGGAGGAUGGAGGGUAGCGUGGGGGCAGGGGAUAAGGGCGAUUUGGGGAGUGAACAAGGGAAGACAGCUCCAUACAGCAGCGUAGCACAGGUUAGCAAUAGGGAGCAGGGGCGGGCAGGGGAGGGGCUGACAGGGCAUGGCAGUGCGAUGGAGCAGGAGAGGCAAGGGGUGGGGGGCGACGAGGCACAGCAAGCUGCACUGCAAGGGCGAGUGGGGGGGAGCGGAGCAGAGCAGGCGUUGCAAGGGGUGGAAGGGAAGGAGGAGGCGGCAGGGGAGACGGAGGAGUGGUGGCGGUACACUGAUGACUUCAACAUGCCUCUGCCCGGUGACGACGAACCCUCUCCCACCUCCUCCUCCCUCCAUGCACCCCGCCCCACCCUCGCCUCUUCACCACGUUCGUCCUCCCUCCCUACAGCCUCCAAGCCUGCUUGCACCCCUGGAACACACGAAUCACAACGGGCAGAUUCAGCUGCCAGCGAAGCAACAGGGGCAGUGGCAGCAGCAGCGACGAAAGGGGGGGCGGAGGCGGGAGCAGGGCGGGGUGAGGGACAGGUGCAGCAGGACAGCAUUGACGCGCUCAUAGCAUCGCUGCUGGCCAUUCCAGACGUGCAGGGCGCCAUGCGCAUUGGGGACUUGCACGGGGCGCAGCAGGUGGACGUGCGUGCAGGGGACCCGCAGCCGUGGCAGCAGCAGCAGCAAGAGCAGCUGCAGCGCCACCAGCAAGCUGCAGCCUCCCCGCGCCACCAUGCCUCCCCCUCACCACUCCCGUCCGCACCCUCCUUUGCGCGCCCCUCGUCGCGGCCUCUCACGCCAUCGUCCGUGCACCGCGUGGAGAGCCUUGACAGCAGCCUGCUGCGCGCUGCUGCCGCCGACUGGCGUGCCACACACGCUGCUGCUGCGCCAGGCUCCGCCACAGCAAGCCCCGCGUGGGCCGCACCGCACACACCCGAGCGGAAAGGGGGUGCUGGUGCCACUGGCAUGUGGGUGGGGGGGAGCGAGAGUACCGGCGGCGUGGGUCCAGGGAUGGGUGCAUCAGCGUUUGAGCGGCGCAGUGUGGAGAGGCAGCGGUCGGUGGAGGUGCGGUCGCUCAAGGAGGAGCUGGCAGCGUACGAGCAGUUUGAUGCCGCCUCUGACGUGUGGGAGGGCGUCAAGGCUGGCGGUGCACGGGCGGGUGAGAGAGUGGAGGGCGAUGGGGCGUGCGGUGGUGAGUACGACAUCUGGCAGUGUGUGGAGAACCUGGAAUCCUCCCACACCUCUGCUGCUUCUUCCGCUGCUGAUGCAUCGGCCGAUGCUGUCAGUGUUUCUGGAUCAGCAGCGGCUGUUGUGUCCCCCAUGUCAUCCCCUGGGCGGGUGCAUGGGAAGGCCGCCCUUGCUGCCUUGUCAGCCCCUGCUGCUGACAGCAGUGGCGACAGGAGCGGUGGUGACAGGGGUGGGGGCAGUGGUAGCAGCAGCAGCGGGGCAGGGCGUGUGAGUGGCAGCACGCUGCAGAGGUCGCGGCUGAGCAUGUCCAGUGGGCUGUCGGACGUGCCCUUUGGCGCCGAUGCAGGGCCAGUGAAUGCAGGUGGGGAGGGGGGAAGGGAAUGGGCGAGUGGAGUGGAGGAGAAGGGCACAGCUGAGCCGGUGAGCGAUCAGGCGGACAAGGCAGCAGCACCGGUGGCGGCGUCUCGGGCAUCGCUAUCACCAGCGCUACUGUCGCUGCACCAGUUCCUGCAUCCCAAGAGCUCUCCCCGUACCUCCCCGUCCGCCUCCGCCUGCUCCUCCGCCGCUGCCUCCCCCGCGGCCUCCCCCUCGCGCCCGCGCACGCCCUCCGUGCACCACGCGCACACGCGCUCGCUCUCCUUCUCGCGCAGCCUGCUGCGCCUGCCCACGCCGCGCUCGAUCUUCUCACCCUCCCGCACCGAAUCCGAGGCUGUUGCUGUGGUGCCCGCUGCUGACCCGCCUGGCAGGCGCCGCGCGAGCGAGGACAGCGUACGCACACGUGCAGGGGAAGAGGGGGCGGUUGGUGUGUAUGGCAUGGGAAUGCAGAGUGGGGAGGGGUUAGAGCGGAGGGAUGGAGCAGGGGGUUCAUCGCACUCAGUUGCUGCUGCUUUGGAACGUGAGGGUGAGGAGGGUGUGGAGGGCUCGUCUGCUGUGGUGUCACUGGGUGUGGCGCGGGGGAGGAAAGGAGUGGGGGCGAGUGGAGAAGGAGGGAGUGGGAGUGAGGACGCAGGGGAUGGGGGUGAAUUGCUGGAGCCGCCCACGCCCUCUGUGGGGUGGAUGCAGCAGCGGAUAGGUGGCCAGCACCACCUGUCUGGCAGCGGCAGGCAUGGCAGUGGGCGGAGGGAGAGAGCAGAGGAAGGGCCAGAGCAGUCGCAGAACAAGGUGCAGCAGAUGGGACAGCAACCCCCCCACAUGGGUGGCGGGGAGUGGCAGGGGAUUCGAUCCAACAGCCAGAGUGCAGCAGAGAGCAGCGGGGUAGGGGCCCCCACACUGGUUCUCCCCAUGCAUUCCGCGAAGCUGCUGCGGCCUGCCAUGGGCGACUCACCUGCUGCGUCCCCCUCCCAUCGCCUGCUGUCCCACGGGUCGCUGCCCUGCGCCUCUGUAACCGCUGCCAUCUCUGCGGCCGCCUCCCUCACCGCAUCCAACCCCUCCUCCUGCUCCACCUCCCCUCCUGCCGCCUCUGCCUCGUCUUCGCUGCAAGCAUCUGUGCCUCGCUCUACCACACCCGCACUUGCGCUCACCAGGCCUGCUACGCCAGCUGGCAAUCGGGCUCUGCCUGCUGAUUCUGCUGCGACUUCUGCUAUGCCUGGCUUGGCCAUGACUGCUAGCAAGGCAGAGGCAGUGAAUGGGAUCUAUGACCCGUUCACCAGAAGCAACACAUGUGCAAGUGAGCAGGGGGCGGCAGAUAGCAAGAGCUGGCAGGGCGCAGCAGCCUAUGAGGCGAGCCUCACAAGCACAAGUGCUCCCAAGUCAGCCAGCAUCCCUAACCCUCCCAUCUAUAGCAUCGCCAGCACCAACCACAGCAGCAGUGGCGGUGGAAUCACAGGGGAGGGGGAUUGCCGCACCUUCUCUUCCGAUCAGCUGCUCAUGGCCACUGAUGGUUAUUCCCCCGCCAAUCUCCUGGGUCAGGGCGCUUUCGGUCAGGUCUUUCGGGGGACCCUUCUUGGCUGCCAGGUGGCUAUAAAGCGUCUGUCAGGUGCCAGCUGGCAGGGCCCCCAGGAGUUCCAAACUGAGGUGGCGGUGCUGACGCGCAUGCGGCAUCCCCACAUUCUCCUUCUCAUGGGGUGUUGCCCCGAGGAGCAGUGCUUGGUGUAUGAGCUUCUGCCGGGGGGGUCCCUGCAGAGCCUCUUGAACCGAGGGGCGCGCAUUCGCAGGAAGCGUGCAGCAGCUGCUGCCAAAGCAGCCAUUCAGAGCGCCAAAGCAGCCAUUCAAAGACAUGGCAUGUGGGGUGAUGACACGUGUGCACCUGGUAGUGCUGGGAAGGGGCUAGGAGGAGGUGGGGGACUAAGAGGAGGGGAAGAGGCUGACAAGUGGGAGAAGCAAGCAGCGAGCUGGCAUCGGUUGCAUGGUGAGGGGGCAGACAUGGGUGGUGGGGACAUGGACAGGGAUCCUGGGAUGGGGGAUGGUGGCAGUAGCGACUCUCAAGGGAGCGACAGUGACGAGGAUGAGGAAGAGAGUUUGACUGAGAGGGUUGCUCCUGAGGAUGAGAGGCAGCGGCAGUUGAGGAAGAAGCAGCAGCAGAGGCGGAGACAACGCCGGAGCCUAGAGGUAGACAGAAACCAGCAGCAGGGCCACCAGCGGACACUAACACCUCCUCACCUUCCUUUUUCUGCUUCAAACUCAUCUACAACUUCUAGUUCCACUGGCCAACCAACGUGCCCUAUUCCUUGGUCUGACAGACUGCGCAUUGCAGCAGAAGUGGCGUCGGCACUGGCAUACCUUCACCUGCACGAUCCCCCCAUUGUCCACCGUGAUUUCAAGCCAGACAAUAUUCUUCUGGAUGCAAACCUCGGUGCUCGUGUGGGUGACGUCGGAUUGGCACGCCUGUUGGAAGGUGAGGGUGCAACGACAACACGGGUGCAAGGCACAACAGGAUACAUCGAUCCGGAGGAGCUUGAAACUUGCGAGAUAUCUGUUUCUGCAGAUGUCUACGCAUUUGGGCUGGUGAUGGUGCAGCUGCUGACAGGAAUACCUGAUGUUCGGAGGGUCCACAAGCUGCUUGCUGAAUGCUGGGCUGGCACAGAUGGUGAUAUAUUAUUGGCAGUAGCAGCACUUUCUCGCCAUUUGGAUGAUUCAGGAGGAACUUGGCCGAGGUCACUUGUGGAGGAGGUUCUAGUUCUGGCUCUUGAGUGUGCUGACCGGCGGAGGUCCUUGCGCCCGGACCUUGUUGAGGAGGUCUUACCUGCUGUCAUCCGGGCAGCAAGGGAAGCGGCAGCGGAGAUGCAAAGAAGGCGGCGAAUUGCACGCCUGCAAUUUUUGUGCCCGAUAUCCAAGGUAAGUAUGAUUGACAUGCCCACUUAG